AGCAUGAAUGGCUUUGAGGAAGGUGUGGAGUUCCUGCCGGUCAACAAUGCCAAGAAGGUGGAGAAGCCAGGCCCCAGGCGCUGGGUGGUGCUGACGGCCGUGUUCUGCGGCUUUAUCCUGCUUUCACUCACGAUCAGCCUCCUGGUGUGGCACUUCCAGUACCAGAAUGUGCGGGUCCAGAAGGUCUUCAAUGGCUAUCUGAGGAUCACGAAGGAGAACUUUCUGGAUGCCUACGAGAACCCCAACUCCACUGAGUUUGUCCGACUGGCUGACAGGGUGAAGGAAGCGCUGAAGCUGUUAUACGGUGCAAUCCCUGAGCUGGGCCCCUACCACAAGGCGUCGGCCGUGACUGCCUUCAGCGAGGGCAGCGUCAUCGCCUACUACUGGUCGGAGUUCAGCAUCCCGCAGUACCUGGUGGACAAGGCGGAGCGCGCCAUGGCCAAGGAGCGCGUGAUCACGGUGCCCCCCCGGGCGCGCUCGGUGACCAGCUUCGUGCUGACGUCAGUGGUGGCCUUCCCCCCGACAGCCCCUACCCCGCCCGCGCCCGCUGCCAGUGGACCCUGCGGGGAGACGCCGGCUCGGUGCUGAGCCUCACCUUCCGUAGCUUUGACGUGGCGUCCUGCGACUCGCAGAACAGUGACAUGGUCACCGUGUACAACACCCUGAGCCCCGUGGAGCCCCACGCCUUGGUGCGGCUGUGUGGCACCUAUCCGCCCUCCUACAACCUGACCUUCCUCUCCUCCCAGAACGUCUUGCUUGUCACGCUGGUGACCAACACGGAGCGGCGACACCCUGGUUUCGAGGCCAGCUUCUUCCAGCUGCCUAAGCUGAGCCGCUGUGGCGGCUCCUUCUGGGAGGCACAGGGGACCUUUCACAGUCCGUUCUACCCAGGCCACUACCCACCCAAUAUCGACUGCACGUGGGACAUCCAGGUGCCCAACAACCAGUAUGUGAAGGUGAUCUUCAAAUUCUUCUACCUGCUGGAGCCCAAUGUGCCUUCGGACACCUGCCCCAGGGACUACGUGGAGAUCAACGGCAAGAGGUACUGCGGGGAGAAGCCUCAGUUUGUGGUCACCAGCAACAGCAGCAGAGUCACCGUUCGCUUCCACUCAGACCAGUCCUACACGGACACGGGCUUCCUGGCCGAGUACCUGUCCUAUGACUCCAGCGACCCGUGCCCUGGGAAGUUCAUGUGCAAAACGGGGCGCUGCAUCGAGAAGGCACUGCGCUGCGAUGGCUGGAGCGACUGCACCGACCACAAUGACGAGCUGGGCUGCCACUGCAACGCCACCUACCAGUUCAGGUGCAAGAACGACUUCUGCAAGCCGCUCUACUGGGUCUGCGACGGUGUGAACGACUGUGGGGACAGCAGUGACGAGCAGGCGUGCAGUUGCCCUGCUGAGACCUUCAAGUGCACCAAUGGCAAGUGUGUGCCGCAGAGCCUGAAAUGCGACGGCAAGGACGACUGCGGGGACGGGUCCGACGAGGCCAAGUGCAGUCGCGUGAAUGUCGUCACUUGCACGGAACACACCUAUCGCUGCCACAAUGGGCUCUGUGUGAACAAGGGCAACCCUGAGUGUGACGGGAAGCAGGACUGUGUGGACGGCUCAGAUGAGAAGAACUGCGACUGUGGGCGGCAGUCAUUCACCAGGCAGUCUCGGGUCGUCGGGGGCACGAACGCAGAGGAAGGCGAGUGGCCCUGGCAGGUGAGCCUGCAUGCGCGGGGCCAGGGCCACGUGUGCGGGGCUUCGCUCAUCUCGCCCACCUGGCUGGUCUCCGCAGCUCACUGCUACGUCGACGACAGAGGAUUCAGGUACUCGGAUCCUAAGGAGUGGACGGCCUUCCUGGGCUUGCACGACCAGAGCAAGCGCAGCGCCUCGGGGGUGCAGGAGCGCCAGGUCAAGCGCAUCAUCUCCCACCCCUCCUUCAAUGACUUCACCUUCGACUACGACAUUGCGCUGCUGGAGCUGGAGAAGCCGGUGGAGUUCAGCACUGUGGUACGGCCCGUCUGCCUGCCCGACGCCUCCCACGUCUUCCCUGCUGGCAAGGCCAUCUGGGUGACCGGCUGGGGGCACACCGAGGAGGGAGGCUCCGGGGCGCUGAUCCUGCAGAAGGGUGAGAUCCGCAUCAUCAACCAGACCAAAUGCGAGGAGCUGCUGCCACAGCAGAUCACACCGCGCAUGAUGUGUGUGGGCUUCCUGCGAGGGGGCGUGGAUGCCUGCCAGGGAGACUCCGGGGGCCCCCUGUCCAGCGUGGAGGCGGAUGGGCGGAUCUUCCAGGCCGGCGUGGUGAGCUGGGGCGAAGGCUGCGCGCAGAGGAACAAGCCUGGCGUGUACACCAGGCUCCCUGUAUUUCGGGACUGGAUCAAAGAGGAGACCGGGGUGUAGCGGCAGGGGCUGCCCGCCACCCCAGACACGCACACCUGCAGACUGGGGACAGGACUUUGGCCUAUGGACAGGCCUACUGGCUGCAUCCCUGCCUAGGGGCACCCCCAGAACCGAGACUGUGAACUCCCCAGGAUGCUGGAGAACUGACUCUGCCUGAGCCCCUGCCACCCUCAGCCUCCAGCGUGGACUGGGCCGUGGGAGGGCAACAGUGGCAGCGAGCUGGUGGCCCAGAGGGGGCAGAGGUUCGAGGAGCCGCCUCCCCGUGGAGCUGGGGUUCUUCCCUGUAGACCUGCCUCCUCCAACUCUAAGGGCAGCACGGAUGUAGCCCCUGGACUGCCUCUGGAGGUGGGAGGGGGCUGCAGGCUCUAUCUUGGGGUGCUAGGUCGCACUGUUCCAGACCCCAGGCCCGAAGCACCCUGGAAGGCAGAUCUGAGACUGGGGUUGUCUUACCCGCCCCUGGCACGGACUUCAGUGUGUGUAUAUUUGUGUGCAUGAGUAAAACAUUUUAUUUCUUUGUA